GCUGCCAGUAGGGAAGCUCCCGGAAGCUCCUCAGAUCCGCCUGUUAACAUCAUUUAGCAAAAUAAAACGUGAGCUAACGGAGCAGACAGAUGUGUCGUUUCUCUGUCAGAGCCAUGAUGAAGGAGUAAACAUCAGCCUGGAGCAGCAGAUCUGAUCUCUGGAUGGAACCGACGGGUCUACGAGACGUUUUCAGAUGUAUAACACUCUCCAUCGCAGCAAUGGAGGAUAUUGGUCUCCAUCCCAAACCCACCAAUGACCCUCCAGUUCACAGACCCACAGCCACUGAGACCUUUGGGCUGCACCACAUCCCACCAGACCAUCACUGGCACGUCACUGAUGCAAGCAGGAAGUCUGACAUGCAUAAAGAUGGAUCGUCCAGAAAAAGGUCCCAGUCGGUAAUGACAGCAGAGCCACAGAUGAUCUCCCAGUUUCCCAGUGUGUGUCCUCUGGGUGCUGCCGAUACCAUGCUCCUUCAUACUGCUGCCAAAUAUGGAAACACUAAUAUGGAUAAGGCAGCGGCUGGCAGGAAAAAAGCCAAAGCCAAAGUCGGAGAUCCAUCAAAGUGGAAGCAAAACAAGCAGAAACAGCUGAGGAUGGAGGGUAAAUCUUAUGUGAGCAAACGCAAAAGAGACGGCAAGGUUGUGACUAAACAUUCAAGAGCAAUCGGACCGAGGUGCAACUCGAAUGCGUGCAGAAAGGCGUCGAACCGGCUUUGUAAUGAAAUCAACGAGGAGGCCAGGAGGCAAGUGUUUGAUGAAUUCUGGCAGCACAUGGACUGGACUCAGAGAAAACUGUACGUAGCAGAACAAGUUGACCGCGACCCCGUGGAAAGAUCUCGAGCGGUGGGGUCGCGGUCGAGAAGAUCGGUUUCACUCCGUUAUCACUUGUUGGUGGAUGGCAAAAGGAAACAAGUGUGUAAAAACAUGUUCCUGUCCACUCUGGGGGUCGGAGAGUGGUCUGUGCUCAACUGGACACAGAAAGGAGCAACAACACAGAAUGACUCAAAUGAAAACAAAUUAGAAAAGAGGCAGGCUGCAACUCAGUGUCCACAACAGAAGCCUGCUUCCUCUGCAGUUAGUAAUACUGCAGGAGCUACUCAGGAACAAGUGAACGCCACUGACAAAGACAAAGACAGGCCACCAGAACCAGAGGGGUCGGCCAGGAAGAAAUCCAGAGUUGCCAAGCCGCUAACGUGGAAGCAAAAUCGACAGAAGCAACUUAGGAUGGAGGGCAAAUCGUACAUCAGCAAACGAAAGAAAGACGGCACGACCAUAACUAAAGGUCAGAGGACAAUGGGGUCAGGAUGCACGUCCAGUGCUUGCAAAAGGGCAUCCAACCGUUUCUGUGCUGACUUCAGUGAAGAGAUGAGGAACGAGCUGUUCACUAGUUUCUGGCAGGGCAUGAACUGGGCUCAGAGAAAGAUCCACGUGUCCGGAUUAGUCGACUGCGACGCGGUGGAAAGAACACGAGCACCGUGGACUCAGUCGAGAAGGUCGGUGUCGAUGCGGUAUCAUUUGAUAGCCGACGGUGACAGAAAACAAGUUUGCAAAAAGAUGUUCCUCUCGACUUUGGGGAUUGGAGAGUGGUCGGUGCUCAACUGGGCACAAAAUGUAUCCCAGCAGGACAAUUCAGAGGAAAUCGCCAAGAAGCAAACGCAGAGGAAGUCCCGUAAAGCUUCGGAGCAUAUAGUCCUGAAUGAGUUCCUAAAGAGUUUACCCAAAGUCCCCUCGUACUGUUGCGGGAUGUCCGUCUCCAAGCUGUAUCUGGAGCCGGUCUUCUCAAACAUGUCGGAGGUGUACAGGCACUACUACAACCACUGCUCAGAGAGGAAGACGCUGCCGCUCUCUCGGCAGGUUUUCUGUGCUGUAUUUAAAAAGAUGGAUUUGGGAUUGUGUGACCCCAAAAAGGAUCCAGGGUGUUCUUUCGGUGCGACUGGGAAUUUGUUUAAUGAGCUUUGGGAGGAAUACUGCUUGGAAAGAGGCGCUCCGGGUCCACAAGCAGAGAAAGCGGGUAACCAGUAGAGAGGGAUUAAGGACAAAAAAGGAUGUAUGAGUUCAUUGCUCCUUGUUCGCUACUUCGUUACUUACAACAUGAUCACAUGCACGUUGCAGAGAGUUGAAUUGUAAGACUUUGCCAAAAUGACUUAAUGAUCUCUCACAUUUCAGAGCACAGACUGUGGUCUAUGUGGUUGCUUCUUCCAGCCUCACACUAUCGGAAGCAAUCCAUCAUUUAUGCAGCUGUUUCACUUAAGUGGAAUUAUUUAAGCGCUACAUCUUUGUUGUGUUUUUAUAAUGGAGAAUGCUUUGUUUGUUUCCGUAAAAUGUGAGUUCUCAUGAGAAUCUUUGUCAACCGUCAUUAUUAGUUCAAGACUAAAACAAAAAUGUGUCAUAAUGUAAAUGUAAGAAAAAUACAAAAAAUCUGUUUGGGAUAUCAGUAAGUGUCUCACAACGCUGCAAA